AUGGAGAAAUUAAACACAUCGUCCAACGAAUUAGCAACCAGCUGGCUAUCUAAUUUGCUUAUGGAAGAAAUAGAUGAUUGUAACUUGUUUCAACAAUGCCAACCAAACUUGUUCGAUGAUGAAGAUUUUAUUUCACAUGACAUAGCAAGUGUUCUACACCAAGAAGAAAACUUGCAACAACAACAACAACCUUUGUCUUCAGAAAGCUAUUCUUCUUAUAAUUUGGAAAGACCCAACAAAAAGUUAAAAACGAAAAACACUUUACAAGAUCUUUCCCCUGUUUCUUCCCCUUCUUCGACCACUUCCCAAAUUAUGUCCUUUGAGAAAUCGAAAUCAUUUUCCUCUAUCAAUGAGGUUGUUAUGUUUCAAACUCAAAAAGGGUCAUUGCAAAAGAAUAACUUUGUUGAAACUAUGAAUUCUCAAGGACAAGGAACCAAGAGAUCUAUGGCUAAUAAUCAGGAACAUAUCAUUGCGGAGAGAAAGCGAAGAGAGAAACUUAGUCAGAGCUUAAUUGCUCUAGCAGCUCUUAUUCCUGGCUUGAAGAAGAUGGACAAGGCUUCUGUUCUAGGAGAUGCUAUAAAGUAUGUGAAAGAGCUUCAAGAACGUUUGAAGGUAUUAGAGGAAAAGAAGAAGGAUAGUCCUAUAGAGUCUGUAGUAACGGUAAACAAACCGCCGUUAAGUUGCGAGUCAUCGAGCGAAGAGGUUGCUAGUGGUAAUAAUGAACAUCUACCCCACGUGGAAGUUAGAGUUUCGGACAAGGACGUGCUUAUUCGUAUUCAUUGUCACAAACAAAUGGGUCUUUUGCUCAAAAUUUUGGUUGAGAUUCAAAAUCUUCAUCUCUUUGUUGUUAAUAGUAGUGUCCUACCUUUUGGGGAUUCUAUCCUUGACAUAACCAUCGUUGCUCAGAAGGGAACGGGAUACAAGUUGAGCAGAAAUGAUCUUGUAAAAAACAUACGCGUGGCUGCAUUGAGAUCCAUGUCGUAAUGUGAAUGUGUUCUUGUUUGGUAUGGGGGUUGUAAGUAGUAAUCAUAAUAAUUAAUUAUGAUGGACAUGUACAUGUGAUGUGAUGCACGUACACAAACACUGCUUAACUCAUAGCCCCAUUUAAAUGCUAAUGGCAUUUAAAAAUAAUAAUGUUUGGUAGACACUUAAAAACAUGAUGUACUAUGAGUUUUUGAGAUAAUAAAAGUUAAAAAUAAUAAUAUUAGAAAAUAUAAAGUGUAUUUGUAUUAUUAAGAAAAAGUUUUGGAUGAUUAUACAAUACAAAAGUUAUACAACUUAAUUUACAAAGUCAUA